AUGUCUUUCCGUUUACACCUCGUUCGCCAUGCGGAAGGAACUCACAACUUAGCUCAUGAUACAACUAUACUCGAUCCGCCAUUGACAGCCAGGGGUGUUGCACAGUCUCAGAGCUUAUGUCAAGACUUUCCAUACCAUGACGACGUCGGUCUUGUGUUGGCAUCUCCGCUGCGACGCACACUCAACACAGCUCUUUUGGGGUUUCAGAACUCCACCGAUCAGAGCUUUUACGCACCAGGCUCUGGCGCGGGGGUCCCAAACGGUGCCCAGCUGGUGCUUGAGCCCGAAGUCCAAGCCCAUUCUGCCCGACCAUGCGACACCGGUUCGGAGAUCGCGAUCCUGCGCUCCGAAUUCCACGAUCUCCCCUGGGAAACUAUGCAGCUGGAUGACACCUUCCCAGAGAAGAAAGGCCUAUAUGCCGCUGAUCCUGAGAGUUUGAGAUUGCGCGGUGCAAGAAUUCAGCGUCAGUUGAAAGAGCAUUUCCAACGACUUGCGGGCACCAAUCGACCGGACAUCGUUGUAGUUACACACGGUGGAUUUUUGAGGUUCGUGAGUGGUGAUGACCGGAUAGAGAUUGGCCAGGCGCGAUGGAGAACCUUUAUGGUAACCUUCAAUCAAAGUUCUGGCAUCAUCAUCGAAUCAUCUGAAUAA